AAAAUGUCUUGGGCUAGUAAUAGAAACUAAUAGGUCUAUGUUUUGAUACUACUAAUAGUUGACUCAAGAAUACUAAUAGAGAGUGACAAACUUACACCAAUCUUUAUUUAUUACUACUUCUAAAGUUCCUUUCUCAUUGACUUAUCAGCUUUCUUCUACUGUCCAAUUACCAACUUCUCAAACGUCAAUAGCAGAUUCAUUUCUGGAUAUGAAGUUCUUAAACUGGAUGCAUAAUAAGUUAAAUGGGGGACAAGGAAGCAGAAAAUGUAAUGCAGUUCCAACCACAAAUCAAACAAAUGAAGAGUUCACAGAUUGGCCAUAUUCAUUAUUGACAAUUGGAACUUUUGGCAAUAAGAGCAGUGAUUUCAAACAGAGCCAAUUACACGUACAAAAUGAUCAUCUCCUAGAGAAUUCACCAGAUUUAGCAGAGUUCACACCUGAAGAAGUUGGCAAAUUACAAAAAGAAUUAACAAAAUUAUUAUCCCGAAAACCGGCUGCUAAUAAUGCUGAUGAUAUUCUUCCAUUGGACAGAUUUCUUAAUUGUCCAUCAAGUUUGGAGGUUGAUCGUAGGAUUAGUUCCAGCAGAUUAAGCAGUACUAACUCAGACAAUUUUGAUUAUGACGAGGAAGAAAUUGACAGAACUAUAAGAGUGAUUAUAGGAAGAUGCAAAGAUGUCUGUAGUAAGCACAACAAAAUUGGGAAGAAAUCUAUUUCUUUUCUUCUCAAGAAAAUGUUCGUUUGUGCAAGUGGUAAUUUUGGUCCAGCUCCUAGUUUACGAGACACAUUUCAGGAAUCAAGAAUGGAAAAGCUUUUGAGGACAAUACUUUCCAAGAAAAUAAACUCUCAAAAUGCGUCUCGGACAUCGACAAAGAGAUAUUUAGAGGAUAAAUAUCCACAAAAGAAAGAGCAAGAAGAGAAAAAACGAGAGAAAACCUGUAAUGAUGGAUCUAAAUGGGUGAAGACCGAUUCUGAUUUUAUCGUCUUGGAAAUAUAGAUAAACCUUUCUGUUGUUCCAUUUCAAGGAAGGCCAACAUAUUAGGAUACUAUCAAACUUUUGAGAGAAAAUGGUCAAAUUUACCCAUGUACUUUCCAAAAUUGAGGAACUUUUUUGCUCCGUUAAAUUUUUAGUCUAAUAUUAUCCUUGUCGUUAGAAAAAGUUUCAAUUUUGUCCUUGAGCCCUACCGGGUGGGGCAAAAAUGAGACGUUGUACUAACUGGUAGGGUAAUAUUAAGAUCAAAAUUUUAACAGGGGACAAAUUUACUCAAUUUCAAAUAGUCCAAGAAUAAAUUUGGAGUUUUUUCCAACUUCCUAUUUUUUUAUAACCAUGUUUUGGUUUUUUCUAAAGAAACCACUUUUCUUAUAACCACAGGCUCCGGAAAUUAUGACUCUCCUAUGUACAAAGAUAACAAUAUAAUUAUCUUUUUGGAA